UACUACAGACAGACUAUUAUGCUUUACAGGUCGUAUUUUUACUCUAUUACAGUCAUAUAACCGUGCCGAUAAGUAGACUGGGUGCUUUUAUUUAUAUUAUUGUAUAUUACUAUAAGUGCAGUGUAAAUGACGACUCUUUUUAGAUUGUAGUUUAGUUUGAAAUGUGUAAAAACCAACCGGUGUCUGAUGUAAUCCUCUAUUUUAGGGACCAUUUGCUAUUUGUCUGUCACCCUCUGCUGAUUUUAUAAUGGAGUCCCAGGUCCAGGUGGGGUCAUGAGGGGCUGUAGCCGUCGAGCUGGAAGAGCUGCAAGGAAAAGGAGGCAGAAAUGUGAAUGCCCCAUCCAGUCAGUCUCUCUGUGUCACCAGCCACAAUAUGUGAGGCUGAUGAAGUUUCUUCACCGGCGAGGAUUCACUUCAGCACUGCUGCAGCCAGCCCUCUUCACUGACACAGGCAGAGGACUGCAGACUCUCAAAACUAUAAAGCCUGGUCAGCUCAUCGUCUCCCUCCCUGCUUCCUGCCUCCUCACAACCUCAACUGUCCUGAGCAGCUACCUGGGACACUAUAUUAAGAGCUGGAAACACCGUCUCUCUCCCCUGCUGGUGCUCUGCGUGUACCUGGUAAGCGAACGACACCGGGGAGAGACCUCUGAUUGGUUCCCCUACGUUGACGUGCUGCCAACCUCCUACACCUGCCCCGCCUACUUCACACAGACUGUCCUGGCUGUUCUGCCCGCUGACGUGCAGAGGCGAGCUUUAGAGCAGAGGGAGGCGCUACAAGAACUUCACUCCUCCAGUCAGGACUUUUUCAGAUCCCUGCAGCCAGUCCUGAGUCAGCCAGCAGAGGAGGUGUUCACGUAUGACGCUUUCAGGUGCUCACACACACACACACACACACACACACACACAUGCAUGCAUACACAAUAUGUGUCUGAUUCUUUCUUUCCCACCAGGUGGGCGUGGUGCAGCGUCAACACGCGCUCUGUCUUCAUGUCCCAUCCCUGCAACCACUUCCUGUCUGGACAGGAUGUUUAUGCUUUAGCCCCUUUCCUGGACCUGCUCAACCACCAGCCUGAUGUGCAGGUAAAAGCAGGUUUCAGUGACGUGACAGGAUGUUAUGAAAUCAGAAGUGUUUCCGGGACCCCGCGCUUCCAGCAGGCCUUCAUAAACUACGGCUCCCAUGAUAACCAGCGCCUGCUGUUAGAGUAUGGCUUUGUUGCCCCCGGUAACCCACACAGUGUGGUUUAUGUAGAUGCAGAUCUCCUCUGUGAGGUUUUAAAAGGCGACAGGAGUUUGAACCAGAAGAUGAAGUUCCUCAAAGAGAACGACUUCGUUCAAAACCUGACAGUAUCCAGUGAUGGCCCCAGUUGGAGGUUGAUGACGGCUCUCAGACUCUUGUCCAUGCCACAAACGCUGUAUCACCAGUGGAGGGCAGUGUUGCUCGGCCAGGCGGUGUGUGAAGACGGGGAGGAGUGGAGCGUCCUGAUGGCCGAGAGACUCUGUCAGCGACUACUACGAGACACGCAUGCAGCUCUGGAUAAGAUCUCUGAGCUCCUGCAGCAGUGUGACCAGUCAGUCAGGGAGCAGCUAGACGUGGUCCACUCACUACGACAGGAGGAGACGUGCCUCCUGGGACGCUGUCUUGAAGUGCUGCGAGGCAUGAUGAGACGACCAGAAGAGGAAGAACUGUUGCCGUGCCAACCUGAUGUUGACGCUGUGAGCUGACAUCUGAGCAGAGCGUUUGCCAGUUGCAUCAACAACAAGCAAGGGGAUUUGCUGUAAGUGGUGACGCCGGACAGACCGAGUCACGUGUCCGUCCGGCUUAUGUCGAGGAGCUGGAUGACUUGACCGCUCAUGCUCGUCGACCGCUUUAUCCCCCACAAGCGGGUCACGGGGGGCGCUGUGCCCAUCUCAGCUGACAUGAGGGCAAUAGGUGGAGGUCUCACCCUGGACAGAUUGCCAGUAGAGACAAGAC